AUGGCACUGCGUAUCCGGAGGUGGCACCGAGCCUGUGUGGAUGGCAGUGUGGGCUCAGAUGCACCGAGCCCCAAGAGACGACGCGUGCAGAACGAGAGUCCUCCGGGUUACAACGGCGAUACUGUUCAUAUUUCCAGAGAGACCCCAGAUUCUGGAAGUGCUACUGAGCCACCGUAUCCGUUCAUACCAGACACCCCCAGCGCCAUUGAGGGUUAUCCAACCCAGUCACCCAGUAACGCAAGUCAAGAUCCCACUGCAGUGCAGAGAAUGAGCACCUGGGAUGGAGCUCCUUCAAUGGAGUUUCAACGACAGUUCCUCUGGUGA